GAACAGGGUGGCUCAAAUUCAAGAACUCACUCCAGCCGCUCACUGGAGAUACAUUCCUGGGACUUCUAAUCCGGCUGACUGCGCAUCACGAGGCCUCACAACUGCUCAGCUUCAAAACCACGCACUGUGGUGGACGGGACCACCAUGGAUACUCAAACCAGACUCAUGGCCGUCGCAACCAGCACUCUCUGAAGAGAUGAGUGCUACAGAAGCUCGCCCAGGCGUUUCGCUAUUGACGGUUACGCCAAGGGCUGAAUAUCAAUGGGACCUCAUCUACAGGUACUCAAACCUCACGAAACUAUUGAGGAUUACAGCUCUCUGUUUCAGAUUCGUCUCACGGUUGAGGAAAGUCCACGACUCAUGGCCUGUCAGACACAUCUCUCCAGAGACCAUGGAAAAGGCGAGGCUCUUCUGGAUCCAGGCAACCCAAGCAACGUACUUCUCGCACGAGCUCAAGGCAUUACAGGCAGAGUCACCGUUAGCAAAGGCGCACGCAUUCAACAGACUGACUGCGUACAUCGACGCUCAAGGAGUCAUUCGCGUCGGCGGACGACUAGCGCACGCAGCUCUCUCACUCGACGCGACACAUCCUGUGAUACUGCCUCGUCACUGUCAGCUGUCGUCAUUGAUCAUCGCUCACGCUCAUCAACGGACUCUACAUGGAGGCACGCAGCUCACGCUGUCACACAUCCGACAACGAUACUGGAUUCUAGGCGGGAGGGCUCCUGUCAAGUCUCACAUCCUGCGGUGUGUCACGUGUGCUCGUCAGAGGGGGAUCCGUGCUCAUCAAUUGAUGGGCCAACUACCUCUCUCUCGAGUUACGCAGGCACGACCGUUCACUCAUACAGGUGUGGACUACGCAGGGCCGCUCACCGUCAAAACAUGGAAAGGAAGAGGUGCCAAAACAACAAAAGGCUGGAUUUGCGUUUUCGUCUGCUUUUCGACCUCAGCA